AUGUUUGAGGUAACGCAUGAAAAAGCUACUCAAAAAACAGAAUGCAAUUGUAACAAAUUCAACAGAGUAGGAAUUUUAUGUAAGCAUGUGUUGGCCGUGUUCAAGAACGAAGGCGUGGAAGAAAUACCAGGAUGCUAUAAUGUUCCCCGUUGGACAAAGAAUGCGUGUGCACAGCCAAUGUACAAUGUUGUGUGGAAAGCAUGCAGUACUACGCAAGGUGGGAUUGAAUUGAGAACAAUUGCCAACCAACUUUGGAGUGAAUUUUACAACUACAUGGGUUUGGCUAAUGGAUGCCCAGACAAAAUGGAUGCAAUGCUAACAACAAUGCAUGAGCUUAAAGGGAGGUUACAAAGUGCCAGACAACAAACCAAAGCAAGCACCACCCCACAAACAGUGAUUGAAUCAAUACUCAGCGCUACUGCACCUGCUGAGAUCCAAAUCAAGCCACCCAGUGUAGCAAAGAACAAAGGAAGUGGGAAAAGACUAAAGAGCAACAAAGAGAAAGUAAGUGAAAAAAAUAAGAAAAAGGUGCGGACGUGCGCUACCUAUGACCGGCUGGGCCACGACAGUCAGAAUUGUCCAAACAGAAAAGACAUAUCAGACGAAUAA